GAGUUCGUUUAAAAUCUUCAGUCUGGGAUUGAAACCUUUAUUCCUUCUCUGAUUCACAUUUGCUCACCCGAAGAAGACCCCCCGCUCAACCAACCCAGCCCGGGUUCGGCCCGACUCAACGCCCAGCUCGUUUGACGCCCGCUAUGGUCUACAACCCGACUGUCAGUGUCUUUUCACGAACUGGACGCCUCAACGAUUGACAAUUAAUGAAUAAACAACCGGCAUCUCAUCCAUAUAAGACAGUAAAAAUUAUGGGUGUGACAUAUGAAGAGAAACAAAAAGAAGGCGACGAGGAUCCAUUCCUUCCAACUCUGGAUGAUGUUGUGAUUCGCGUACUCGACUUAACAUUUCCAGUCCUUUUGGGAAGAGUUCAGAUAAUUGGUCCAAGUGGAAGGUCUGACUAUGUUAGUCCGAAAGGUAAGGUGUUCUUCCCUAUAACAGGUGACAUUCUAAGACGUGAUGGCCGUUUUAUUGGAAUAUACGAGAAUUACGUUGGAUUUCACCCGAUUCAUCCAAUAAGUGAAUCAAAAUAUCCGAGACAUGUGUUGAGGAACGUAGUAAUUGGUGGAAAAACAUAUGAAGUUGGUGCACGUCCAGAAAUUAUGGGACCUCCAGGAUUUCCGACACGUCCAGGAGACCCAGAUCCAAUGUUCCCUCGUGCGGGUGAUUACAUGCGCCGUGCACAUGAUUUAUUUCUUGUAGCAGUUUGGCAUUACUAUACACAACUUCAAAUAUAUAAGUGGGUUGAUACGAAAGGUAAAGAAGUCAAACCUGAAAACGAUAAUAUAUUAGAGCGUGGCAAGAAUAAGAUUGGAAUCUAUGAUUAUUAUUAUGGAUUUCGUCCGAUUCAUAUGAAAGAAGAUUUUCCUCCAGCCAAAGCUUCCUCGUCCAGACGGUUUCCAGUUGCCACCCCGUCGAAAUAAGGAAGAUCGACUGUUCACGUCAUUGCUCAACAUAAUAUGAGGUGUGAUGUUGCACACAACUAUUGACGUAAAAUAAAAAC